GAAUUGCUCUGCAAAAAAGUAGACAAGGAACACGAGGAAGGUGUCACCGUCUUGAAUUGCACCAUUGAAAUUCCUCCAGCGACCGGUGUGGCCGAUACCCGGUGUGGUACAUUGAUCCAGGUCACACAUCAUGUCUCGAUUCAACUCAAUACCAAAGUCUUCUUUACCAAUCCCGGAUUCAAGUUUCCCAUUAAAAUCGUCCAAGGAGCCAUUCCGACCAGUUAUCAAGAAGAGAAACUGGCCGAAGAAAUUCCCAACUGUCCACCAGUGGACGACAAUCAUCAUCAUCCAAGUAGUGAAAAAGCCAUGUUGGAAGACUUGAUUACAAAAGUCAUGAGUCAAUCCACCGAUGAUUUACACAUUAUCGAAGAACGACUGCCAGAACCGAAAUGGAACCGCAUCUUUGCCGCACUGACACCGUACGAUUUUGGUCGAUUGUUGGAACAAGUCCAUUUGGAAGUCAAUUUGAUUCCCGUCGCUACCUUGUUGGCAUCGCGUUUGACUCAAGAAUUAUUCUCGUGUAGUCAUAUUGUCGCUGGAUUGCCGCACACGACAACCGCCACGAGGUGUACGUUUGUGGAACAAUUGCUGCCGUAUUGUCACGAUUUGCAAGACAACUAUACGCUCAUUACCAAAAACACAUUGCUAUUAUCGCAAUGGGAACGAUUGGCCAUUGAACCAGCGGUACAAGAAGCACUGGAGCACGCCAAAAAAUCCAAAGCUCCAUUGCAUCACUUGUUGGGGAAAAUGCGACAGUUAGUGACUGCCGAUUGA